AUGUCAAUAGAAUUCCUCGAAGUAACCCCCAAAAUUCCCUCACCCAAGUGCUCCAUUAUCAAUGAUAUUCAAUCGGUGAUUGAGGGAAACGAUGAAUUCCAAAAUGUCACCUUGCUGGUUGGACCAAGAGAUUCAAGAGAGGAGAUCAAAGCAAACAAGAUGAUGCUUAUGGCUCGAUCACCAGUGUUUGCUGUCAUGUUCCAGAGUGAGAUGGUGGAAAAAGCCACCAGUACUGUUGAGAUAACUGACAUUAGCACCAACGAGUUCAAGAUAUUGCUAAAGUUCAUUUACACAGACGAUAAACCUGAUUUAAACGACUUGAAAACUAUUGAAGAUGUUAUCAUUGAUGCUGACAAGUACCAAAUUAUUCGACUGAAAAAUCUUUGUGAAAAUCAACUUCUCACUAAUUAUCUAAGCAUCGAAAAUGCUGGUCAUCUGCUUGCCUUUGCGGACCAGUAUGAUCUCAAGUUCAAAAAUUACGUCAUCGAGAGAUUCUGA